GCGGCGGCGCGAGGCCGCUCUGGUCCAGCGGAGGGGGCUCGUCCUGCCUCUGUGGCUGGCCGGUCCCCUCCUCCGCCGGCCUCCGUCACGGCCAAGGUGCUGCCGCUGUCGCCGCUGUUGCUCGUCCGAGUCGCAGAGAGGGAAACUGAGGCAAGGAGAGUGCAACUUGUCCGAGACUUGACGGCUGGCGGAGGGCAUAGUCCAUCUGCCACAUCAGAACCAUGUCCUACGUUUUUGUAAAUGACUCUUCUCAGACGAAUGUACCUUUGCUACAAGCGUGUAUUGAUGGAGACUUCAAUUAUUCCAAGAGGCUUCUGGAAAGUGGCUUUGACCCAAAUAUCCGUGACAGCAGGGGCCGAACAGGCCUGCACCUCGCAGCAGCCCGGGGCAACGUGGACAUCUGCCAGUUGUUGCAUAAAUUCGGUGCUGACCUUCUGGCCACAGAUUACCAAGGAAACACAGCGCUGCACCUCUGUGGCCAUGUGGAUACCAUCCAGUUCUUAGUUUCCAAUGGACUCAAAAUUGAUAUUUGCAACCAUCAAGGUGCUACUCCCUUAGUUCUGGCAAAGCGCAGAGGAGUGAAUAAAGAUGUCAUCCGAUUGCUGGAGUCUUUGGAAGAACAGGAAGUGAAAGGAUUUAACAGAGGAACACACUCAAAACUGGAGACCAUGCAGACCGCGGAGAGCGAAAGUGCCAUGGAAAGCCAUUCUCUCCUCAAUCCCAACCUACAGCAAGGUGAAGGAGUCCUGUCCAGCUUUCGCACCACAUGGCAGGAGUUUGUAGAGGACCUGGGCUUCUGGAGGGUGCUGCUGUUGAUCUUUGUCAUUGCCUUGCUGUCUCUGGGCAUUGCCUACUAUGUGAGUGGGGUGCUGCCGUUUGUGGAGAACCAGCCUGAACUGGUACACUAAGGCGCUUGAGGGAGACGGGAGGCAAGCGCGUGUGUGUUCUCAGUUUCUCAGAGUUCUUAGUGCAAGGCAGUGAGGGCUGUACAUCUUUCCUUUUGCAUUCUCCCCCAUUGUAAAUCCUUGUAGAAGAACGAUGUGUUCAUUCAACCUACCUACAUAUCAUACUCAAAUACCCUGCAUCCCAGCACUACCUCUGACUCAACCUGGCAUCUAAGGACAUACCUGCACAUGGCCUUGUCUGAUGAGAGCUUGGACGUGACCAGAGAAUGGAAGGUAAAGGAAGAGUGGAGGACGACCUUGGGCUGGGAGCUUCCCCCGAGAGAGGGCCAGCUGAAGUGUGGAGAAAGACGAGGGCUCUUACGUGGCUACUUUUCCUUGGAGGCUUUGAUUUUGAUUGUGUUUAUUUGUGCGAUGUUUUCCCUUUUCUCUUUCUGUUUACUUUCUCUGGGGAUGGAGAGGAAGUGAAACAUUUCAGAUUAAAACUGUUUUCAAGUCCUGUACAGCUAAUUAGUAUUGUUAGAAUCUGGCUGGUUUAUUUUAAUAUUUUCAAGACUAGCCACAAGCCAAACAGAACUUCAGAAAAUGAGCUAUGUUUUCUUCAAAAAUGAUUGAUUUGGUAUUAUAUUCAUUUGUUUUGGGGAUAAUUGUGAUUGUUUUGUAAACUGCUGUGCUUGUUAAUAUCUGAGAAAGAAAAGCUUGAGGGAGUCAUUUUGAUAUCUGUUUUAGUUUCCCUUCGUGUUUGUUUUAAAGGUAUCCUGCUCAUCAAAACCAGUCAGAACCACCUCCCUUUUGUUAACUGAAGAGUUAGCAGGGGAAAAUAAUUCUGAUUUUGAACUGCCACUAUAAUUACAUAGUGUUACUACAGUGAAAAAAAAAUGCAGUGCUCUAAGCUAGCUGUGUUGUCACAGUUUUAUCGUACUUCGUAACUGUUUCAUGUGCAACCCUGUUGGGAGGCCCUGUCGGUUAGCAGUGCCUUCCGUAUCAGUAAUUCUCUGCUGAUGAGAAUGAGUAAAUGGUGCUGAGCCAUAUGGCACUGGGGGUCGUAGACGCUCCGUGCAGUCACAUCGUGCACAAGGAGAAUCUGGCUGCCUGCCUGGGCGCAGGUCUCAGCAGUGAGCUUGGAGGCCUCUUUUGUUUGAGGUUCUGUAGUAUGUAAAUCAUAGUCUUGGGUUAUUAGGGGAAACAUAUGAAAGCUUGAUCGGUGCUCCUUGAAUCAGGAAAUUGUAAUCAAAGAAUUAAUGGUUUUAUUUUUUAAGACAGAGGCACCUAAGCUACUGCUAAGUGAGCUGUUGCUAGAGUUAGAGGUUAAGUUUAGAAUAGAAUUGGUAGUUCUGUGAUUCUUUUGCUUCUUGAUAUUUUCUCUUUUGUAUUUGUGUAUCUGAUAUUAAGGGUUUUUCUUUCAUGCGGCUUUAUUCUCUGUUAAAGAGCUGUAGCCUCAGGAUUAGCCUGCCGCCGUAUGUUGCAAAAACAGCUGGCUUUAGAAUGGAGAACACUAGAACUCAGAUGCAGAGAGUUCGAGUGAAAGCUUUGGGAUUUGCAUGACUUUUUUUGUUUCUUUUUAAUAAAUCUAAGCAGAUAUGCACAGCUGGUGAAUUAUGUAAAUGUAUUACGUUUUUUUACCAUUAACGUUUCCAUUUAAGUGCUGAUUUCCUUGAAGUCUGUUCUCUGCAUUCAUCUUUCAAUAAUAAAACCAAUAAAUAUAUUUAUGAAUCCCUUAA